ACCUUCAUCACUUUGAGUAUGUUUUAUUUUCGAAGCAAGAAGUCAUCAUGGGAGACCUUUUUUCCCUAUUUUGGGAGGUGGAUCCUCCCCCCAUACCUUUAAGCUUUACCAUUCCAAAUCAAGAUUAUGAAUGCCGGAAGGAUGACUCUUGUGGGACAAUAGGGAGCUUCCUACUUUGGUAUUUUGUCAUUAUAUUGGUCCUGAUGUUCUUCUCUCGGGCUUCUGUCUGGAUGUCUGAGAAGAAAAAGGAUGAAGAUAGUGGGACAAGCACUUCAAUAAGUAAAGCAAGCAAAGAUACUUCCUAUAAGCGGCAAAGCAAAGAUGGUACCUGGGACUCUUUACAAACGAUGAAAAAACCAAAGCAGAGCCAAUUUACCCCUGUAACUGAGUCAGAACUGGCUUUGGUCAACGCCUAUCUUGAACAAAGACGAGCCAGGCUCCAUUCUCAAUUCAGCCAGAUGAAUCAGACCCAGCGUGACAGUGAUACUACGGAGUCUGACAGUGAAGAAUCUAACUCAGGAGCCUCCUCAUGGAAGGAGAGUGAAAGUGAACACCAUCCAUCACCAACCAGUAUUAAGAAGAGAAAAAUAGCUCAGAGGCAAAAGAACGUGGGAAGUUACCAGAUCAGGGAAAGGCCCUGCCUCCACUGCAAAGCCCUGAGAACCAAUGAGUGGUUGACACGCCAUUUCCUUCAAAACACCUCAGUAGCAACCCCAAUGAAGGGAGAUAUUCAAGAGGAAAAUUCUUCACCUGACAUUAACACAAAAUUCAGUAAAUUUUGAAUUUUAUCAAGUCCUUACCUUACUUGAAGCCAAAUGAAAGAAAUGAAUAAAGCACGAAAAAUCGCCAGAGUUCUAGGUGAGGAGGCUUUUACAGUAAAGUCUCUACACUAACAACAAAAACAUACUUGGAACCCAAGAGGUAAAAUUUCAGAUAAUUCUUUGUCCCAAAACAGGCCAGUGAAUUUGUUUAUGGCACAAUUGGAACAUCAAAGAUCUGCAUCCACUAUGAUUUUUUAUUCAAAAGAACACAAGACAGAUAUUUUAUGUCUUGAGUGUAUUUUGUUUAUGUAUGUAAUACAAAUAAGGAAGCUCUUUGAAAAUAUAUUUAUGUUCAGAAA